CCGGUUCCAAAGGAUGCUCAUCCGGGUCACGAUAACGCCGCGGUUUCCUCCACCCGCUUGGUUCUACGGUGGGUCUGGACCGGUCCCCAUGUCCUGCUGUGAGGCCUCUGCAGCGUUUGGUUUGAAAAUCUGGACAGGAAGAACAGGGUCUGAGAAGAUUGUGAAGACUGCUGAGAGAGGCUUGCAAUCUCUUCACAUAAGCAUAAUAAAGAAGUAUUGGUCCUCAUGGAAGAAGAGCAAGAUUUACCGGAGCAACCAGUGAAAAAAGCCAAGAUGCAGGAAUCAGGAGAGCAAACUUUAAGUCAAGUAAACAACCCAGAAGUCAGUGAUCAGAAACCUGAAGCUUCAAACCUUGCUUCAAACCUGACCAUGUCAGAGGAAAUUAUGACAUGCACCGAUUACAUCCCUCGCUCGUCCAAUGACUAUACCUCACAAAUGUAUACUGCAAAACCCUACGCACAUAUCCUCUCGGUUCCUGUUUCGGAAACUGGUUAUCCUGGGCAGACUCAGUACCAGACAUUACAGCAGUCUCAGCCCUACGCUGUCUACCCUCAGGCCUCCCAAACAUAUGGACUACCUCCUUUUGGUGCAUUGUGGCCAGGUAUGAAACCUGAAAGUGGUUUAAUUCAGACUCCAUCUCCAAGUCAACACAGUGUUCUUACCUGCACUACAGGGCUAACCACAAGCCAGCCAAGCCCAGCACAUUAUUCUUACCCCAUUCAAGCUUCGAGCACCAAUGCCAGCCUGAUAGCCACUUCAUCCACAGUUGCCAAUGUCCCAGCAGCAGCAGUUUCUAGCAUCUCAAACCAGGACUACCCCACCUACACUAUCCUUGGUCAGAGUCAGUACCAGCCCUGCUACCCGAGCUCCAGCUUUGGAGUCGCAGGCCAGACGAGCAGCGAUGCCGAGAGCAGCACGCUGGCAGCAGCUGCAUAUCAGCCCGAGAAGACCAGCGUCCUGGUCCCCGCGCCUGCUGUGCAGAGACUUCCCUCUGGAGACCCUUCUGCAAGCCCGUCUUUGUCGCAGAGCACACCAAGUAAAGAUGCUGACGACCAGUCCAGGAAAAAUAUGACUGGCAAGAACCGGGGCAAGAGGAAAGCUGAUGCCAGCUCUUCCCAGGACAGUGAACUAGAACGGGUAUUUCUGUGGGACUUGGAUGAAACCAUCAUCAUCUUCCACUCCCUUCUUACUGGAUCCUAUGCCCAGAAGUACGGAAAGGAUCCAACUGUAGUGAUUGGCUCAGGUUUAACAAUGGAAGAAAUGAUUUUUGAAGUGGCUGAUACACAUCUGUUUUUCAAUGACUUGGAGGAGUGUGACCAGGUACAUGUGGAAGAUGUGGCUUCUGAUGACAAUGGCCAGGACUUGAGCAACUACAGUUUCUCAACCGAUGGCUUCAGUGGCUCAGGAGGCAGCGGCAGCCAUGGCUCCUCUGUAGGCGUCCAGGGAGGUGUGGACUGGAUGAGGAAACUGGCUUUUCGCUACCGAAAAGUUCGAGAAAUCUACGAUAAGCAUAAAAGCAACGUGGGUGGUCUUCUUAGUCCACAGAGAAAAGAGGCUCUGCAAAGGCUAAGGGCAGAAAUCGAAGUCCUGACAGAUUCCUGGUUAGGAACCGCAUUAAAGUCCUUACUUCUCAUCCAGUCCAGAAAGAAUUGUGUGAAUGUUCUGAUCACUACCACUCAGUUGGUUCCAGCCCUGGCCAAGGUUCUUCUAUACGGACUAGGGGAAAUAUUUCCUAUUGAAAACAUCUAUAGUGCUACCAAAAUUGGUAAGGAGAGCUGCUUUGAGAGAAUUGUUUCCCGGUUUGGAAAGAAAGUCACGUAUGUAGUGAUUGGAGAUGGGCGAGAUGAAGAAAUUGCAGCAAAACAGCACAACAUGCCUUUCUGGAGGAUCACAAACCACGGCGACCUCGUAUCCCUGCACCAGGCUUUGGAGCUUGAUUUUCUCUAAGAACUGGAAUGAAGAGCCUUCCCCAUGAGCUUCUCUCUCUCGAAGGGGCUAGAGACCGGAACUGCCUGGGAACUCUCCCCCCACCCCCUGCCCCCCCUUCCCCUUUCUCCAUGGAAUGCCGGCGAGAACACAAUCAGAACCAACAGCUGCAAGGGAUGAAGCUUAUUUUUGCUGAGGAAGCUGCAGCCCUGCAUCCACCCUCCUCCGGAACAGGAGACGGCUGGACGGAGGGAACAGACUUCCCACAGCCACCGUGCUUUUAAUUCUUGGGGGGGUGGUUUUGUUCGUUUGUUUGUUUUGUAUUAUACUUUAAAACAAUGAUGAAAAAGAAAAGGACAUUGUUGGGAACAGAGAUGCUUCUCUUGGUCCGGGGCCACACUGAGACCUGCUCUUAACUGCGGGGAAAGGGUCCACGCAGCAGGACAUCUCUUGCAGUCUGUAGAACCUCCUUAGCGCUAGGACAUAUUCCCAGUGAAUGUAUGUGUUACUUUUAUAGGUAAGGGUCUGGUCUCUGAAGCAGGUUUUUCUCCCUUUCUUUUUCUUGGCAAGAAGG